GUAAAAUCUCACGACAUUACCCAACCCUACGACGUGGUAAAGCGAGGACCUUGCUCACAGCCCAAUCAAACAACAAUCCGAGACAGACUGUAUCAUCCAUCGAGGGAAAACCAUGUCCGACGUCUAUGCCGACAACCUGCAGCGCGAUGCAAGCGAGUCCCAAAGACUCGAGGAACAAUUCGACCUCUUGACAGAAAACAUCGGCUACCUGAUCCACCCGCUGAUUCUGGCACGCCUCCCUCCCCUUAGCCCGCCGCUUCAGAUAGCCGAUUUAGCUACGGGCACAGCGUGCUUCCUCAAACGCGUCGCCCAGAGCGAAGAGCCCCGUCUCCAGGGCGCAAUCCUCCACGGUAGUGAUCUAUCCACCGCGCUUUUCCCGCCGUCGGACUCGCUCCCCUCGAGUAUCCGCCUGUCCCUGCUGGAUGUACGGGCUCCGGUCCCUACCGCGCUUCACGGGAUGUACGACUUCGUGCAUGUCCGCCAGAUUGCGGCUGGCCUGACGCCCGCCGAUUGGGUGCCGGUAAUCACCAACGUUGCCAAGCUGCUGAAGCCUGGCGGCGCCAUGCAGUGGGAGGAGUGCGAUUUUAGUAAUGUCGUGCAUCUGAGGGGCGGGGAGGGCGGCGCGACUUCGGUUGACGCGGCACGGACCUUGGGAAGGAUGUUCAGGACAGGGCUUAUCGACUAUUUCAAGCACGGCUGGGAUCUUUUGGAGGAGGCGAUGAAAGGCGCGGGCUUGGUGCAGGUCGGGUCCGAGAUGGUGAGCUCGGAUCGUGUUCCUGGGACGCGAAAGGCUUUGACCAGGAAUGGAAUGCAAGUCAUCCUGGACUGGGCCAGGGUCAGAGCGGGGCUGGGACAGUUGAGAGCAGAGGAUGAUGGCCGCUUGCUGACCGUGGAUGAGGUGGAAAGACUGGGCAAACAGGCGUACAAGGACAUUGAGUCGGGAUGCUACGUCCGGUUCGAUAUUCACGUUGCCUGGGGAUUUCGGCCUGAUGGGGCCGAGACGCUGCGUGCGUAGACCCGGAUUAGCGCUCUAUCGACCUCUGAUGCGUGUAAUAGGUCCAGUGGUGCGUUUUAGAUUAAUGUGAUAUCGCCGUGCUUGCCCCAUCGUUAC